AUGUUUGCAGGUCUACAACGGAAACGACAAGUUGUGGUGCGAUCCUCGACCUUGGGCUCCGGUUUGGCCUCAGAUUUGGCCAUGGAUUCAGAACCGACGGGAUUCGAAUUCAACAGUCACAACGAUUGUAAGUUAAGUUUGCGUUAAAAUUUUUGGCGUUUUGCGUAAUAAAUCAUAAUAAAUUUGUGAUGACAUAAUAGCGCAAUGAAUUAUUUGCAGUAAAGCCAAAGCCCACGUCUCGACGGGCCUCAUUUGCAGAAGGUGUUUUAAAUGGAGAUAGUCAUCAGAAUGGAGGGGCCAUUCCGAUGGCGUUAAGAAGACGACGGAGUAGUGUGGUCAGAGAGAAAUGGUCAUCCAAAAUCGAAUUCUUAUUGGCUGUAGUUGGGUAUGCGGUAGAUCUGGGGAAUAUUUGGAGAUUCCCCGCGGUCUGUUACAAACACGGCGGAGGUGAGAUCGUCUCCUGACUUUGAUAAUAUUAUCCCUUUUUUGAGUUUCAAUAAUAGUGGAUUCAAUUGUUAAUACAGUUGUAAAGAAGAUCACUUCUUUUCAGGCGCCUUUUUAAUACCAUAUUUGAUCAUGUUGUGCGUCGGCGGACUCCCGAUGUUCUACAUGGAGCUAGUUAUGGGACAGUUUCACAAAUCAGGGUGUUUGAGUAUUUGGAAGAGGAUAUGCCCGAUGUUCAAAGGUAGGGGCAGACCUUGGGAGUAAUUCCACAGUUAUCUUGCCCAAUUUGACAAUUUUUCUGACAAGUUUUGACUGGCGAUAAAAAUCAGUGGUUUCUGCAUUCUGCGAGUUUAUCCCUCAGAAAACGUUAAAGUUUAUUUGUGCCAAUUUUCCUCUAAAUCUGACUCUCUGAUCCCGAGCACUUGCUCUUUGAACCUACUACAACUUAUGAUGUAAUCGUGACAAAAGGAAGCACGUUUUCGUCGGGAAUAGAAAAGCGGAAUGACGAUAGUUGUGUUUGCAGGUAUCGGCUAUGGGAUUUGCUUUGUUUGCACAUUCAUUGCCUGUUUUUACAAUGCCAUAAUUGCUCAUGCCUUGUACUUUUUGUUCCAUUCCUUCGCCUGGGAUGUGCCAUGGAGAGGAUGUGGGAAUGAUUGGAAUACACCCAAUUGUAGAGAGGAUUUGAAAGCGGGGACAAACAGCUCCAAAGAUGUCAUAUAUACAACCCCUUCGCAGGAAUAUUAUAUGUAAGUAAAGACUGGGAUGACGUCAUGAUUAAUGUCUAAAGUAACCUAUCGACAUUUGGGUUGCAGAAGAAAAGUCCUGGAAGUCCACAAAUCCCAGGGAUUGGACGCCUUAGGCGGGAUCAAGUGGGACAUGGCGGCCUGUUUGUUCAUCGUCUUCCUGUCCGUUUAUUUUGCCCUUUGGAAGGGACCCAGAUCGUCGGGCAAAGUUGUUUGGAUUACUGCCACCGCCCCGUAUGUUGUACUCACGAUAUUGCUGAUCCAAGGACUCACAUUGCCCGGCGCAUCCAAAGGAAUCACCUAUUAUUUGACGCCCAACUUCGAGAAGUUAAAAGAACCGGCAGUCUGGACCGCCGCCGCCACACAAAUCUUCUUUUCAUUGGGGCCUGGAUUUGGGGUCUUGUUGGCAUUGAGCAGUUACAACGAGUUCGACAACAACUGCUACAGGUGAGUACUCUAGAAAGCAAUGGGAGAACAAAAAAUUGCAAAACUGCAGUAAAGUCGUAGAAGACUUUCUCCUCGAAGGAACCGAAACGGGAUUGUGUGGAAGGGAUAAUCUGGGUGUCUUGCUAGCAAUCCAGGUCUUUGGCUAGCCAUUUAUGGGAUUUGGCUGUCACUCCUACCCUUUGACACCCAUUCCAACAUUUUGGCUAGCUUUUUUUGAGACUGCACAGCCCUUCUGACACUGUGCAUAGUCGAUCCAGGUCUUUGGCUAGCCAUUUUAAAAUUUUGACUGUGAUUUCAACUCGUGCUUUAUACAUAUUGGUCCUUGCCCGAUCUGCCCCAAAUGAAAGGUUGCGGAAUGAAAAGCUGCGAAAAUUUACAUAAGAUUUGGCCCUUUUAGACCGAAUAAACCAGUAUAAAAAAGCCAUAAAUUGAAGAAGACACAUCAAAUUUCGCAGUAAAAUGCAACAAACACACAUGUCAGAAAAUGUUUCAUUAAAAAUUCAAAACUCUACAGAGUAGAGAAGUCGCGAAAGACUUUUUCUUCGAAGCGAUGCCGGGAAACAUAUCUUCCGGGUCCUGCUGCUCUCUUCCAUUGAGAGUGAGACGUGCCACACUGAUACCGUGGACUUUGAGGGGACACCACCUUCAUUCCUUGGUGGGAUUUCUUCCGGGAGUGAGAUUCGAACUGCCGGGAAUCGGGGGCUCAGCCCGUUUGCCAACCACUGCACCAUGCAGGGGGCGGUCACCCAGCUUCACUUUCCGAUUGAAACCCCUUUCCAUCGGUUUUUUGUCAUUUUAAAAAGCAGUCAUCGUGACUAAUUUUACAGAGACAAAAGAUAGGCUCUUUGUUGCUGGAUUUGUCGACAAAUAUUAGCAGAAAGUAGAAGUAAGUUCAAAAAAUGUAAAACUCUACAUAACGACCCGUCGCGACGAGUAAAGUAGAGAAGUCGCGGCAGACUUUUUAUUCGAAUCCACAUUGUAUCCGCAGAUACGUCUACUCAUUCCCUUAGGAAUGGCAUCGAACAUCGGAUUCCUUCACGUAUCUCAAUACCCCUGCACCACACAGGGGCAGAGACGGAGCGCAGAAUUUUUCGUUCUGAUUGAAGUUUCAAAUUCUUGAAAAUAAGUCAUUUUGACAGUUUUAAGAAGGAGAUAAAUAAAUGUUCUGCCAUUUUUUGCGUAGAAGUUGCAUGGUCUUACUUAUGGUCCACCUACUCUUUCCAAGAUCUCCUCAGGAUUUACAGGCAUGUCCAAAAAGCUCCUUCCCAACAUUUGACCUCUUGAUUACCUUACCAUUCUUCUUUUCAGAGAUGCCGUCGUGACCUCACUGAUCAACUGUUUUACAUCCUUUUUCUCCGGUUUCGUGAUUUUCUCGACCCUCGGAUAUAUGAGUGAACUCACGAAUCGACCGGUCAGCGAAGUUGUUGGAGAAUCCGAGUCCUCUCUGAUCUUCGUCGUCUAUCCUCAAGCAAUAUCAACCAUGAGUUACAGCAGUGUUUGGUCGGUCAUUUUCUUCCUGAUGUUGAUCACCUUAGGAAUAGAUAGUACAGUAAGUGUAUUUGUUAUUAUUCAUACUAUUGAAUCUAGUUUGCGGGAGUCGAGGCGUUGAUUACUGGACUGAUCGACGAAUAUCCAAGGUUGCUAGGGAGAAGAAGGGAGCUGUUUGUUGCCGUGGUCAUCAUUCUGUAUUUCCUUGGCUCUUUGCCCACUGUGACUUACGUAAGUGUUUAUAAAACUUUCACUGUUAUAUUACACAUGACACGAAUAACAUAACUUUGAUGAUUUCAGGGUGGGACUUAUGUUAUUCCAUUCCUUGAUACAUAUGGAGUGUCCUUAUCAGUCCUGUUCAUAGUCAUGUGUGAAAUGAUUGCUGUUUGUUGGUUCUAUGGUAUUCAACAGUUCAGUGAAGAUAUCAAACAUAUGUUAGGGUUCUACCCCGGCCUUUAUUGGAGAGUCUGCUGGACUUGUGCCCCUUGUUUUAUCGCCGUAAGUUCCCCCUUUUACCGGUUUGAUAGAGCUUUUAGCUAAUUUUUGCGCUGGCGUUGUACGACACGAGUUUUGCUCCCAUCGAGAUCCCCAAUUAUGUAUAUCCGAUGUGGUCAGUUUACGUGGGAUGGCUGCUCCGUCUACUCUCAGUUCUGUCCGUGCCUAUCUUUAUGCUCUACAUGUUCUGUACAGCUAACGGAUCUGUACUUCAGGUAGGUUAAAAUAUAGACUUUAUGGUAUUGUGGUAGGCGCUUGGAUACGACUGUCUUUUCAGAGGCUCAGCUACAUGAUCACGCCGCAACGACGGGCACAUCAUGGGACUCCAGCUACAGCUGUGGUCGAGGACAAAUCGAAUAACAACUACAUGAUACAGGACUCGGAUGUGACCCAUCUCUGA